GGGCUGGGCAGGACAGGGCAGCUAUGGAGCGGCAGGAGCAGGGAGAGGCGGAGGCCGGGAUCUCGCUGCACCACUUCAGCGGGCGGCUGGGCGAGCAGCUUGUGCACUUCCAGGCCAUGCGGCUGCGGGACUCGCUGUUCCUGUGGGUGGGCUCCGCGCCGCUGCUCGGCAGCCUGGCCGUGGCCAUGUGCAGCCCCCGCGACUCCAUUCCAGUGUCUACAUCACUUCUUGGAGACCCAUCGGACACCACUUCAAAUUCUCUUGCUCAGCGAUUAGCCAGGAAGACUAAAAAACAGAUCUUUGUCAGCUACAAUCUUCAGAAUACAGACAACAGUUUCACGUUGCUUAUAGAGAACAGAAUCAAAGAAGAAAUGAUGGCUUUUCCAGAAAAGUUCUAACUUUACGUCACUGUAAGCUAGGCUAACUUUUUACAAAAUAAAUGAAGUGGGUUUCUGUAGUCUGACAUUGAGGUAACAUUUUGAAAAUUUGCUUUUGUAUUUAUUUUGGACUGAACUUGUGUUUUUGUUCUUAAUAGAAAAAUAAAGAGAUGUAAAAACUUC